CCCAUUCCAGUACACAAAUUCCAGUGCCUCGUUUUUAAAGCUGCCUCUAAUUUAUCGUUACGCAGAAUGAAGUAGUGGGAACAGAAACAUUAUGGCUGCCAGUCUUUCCCUGACUCAGCUCUCAAGUGGAAAUCCUCUCUAUGACAAAUACUAUCGACAGGUUGACCCGUCUGGUAGUGGACGGGUGGCAGCUGCUGAUGCAGCCUUGUUCCUGAAGAGAUCAGGCCUGGCAGACCUCGUCCUGGGCAAGAUCUGGGAUUUGGCAGAUUCAGAACGCAAGGGGUGCCUUAACGAUCAGCAAUUCUUCAUUGCUCUCCGGUUGGUGGCCUGUGCUCAAAAUGGACUGGAGGUGGCACUCAAGAGUCUCAAUUUGGCAGUUCCUCCCCCAAAGUUUCAUGACACAAGCAGCCCACUUCUACCUGGGGGAGUGUCCAUUGACAGCCCAUGGGUGGUCAAGACGGAAGAGAAGCUGAAAUUUGAUGCCAUAUUCGAAAGCCUCUCCCCCGUUGGUGGAAUGCUCUCUGGAGAGAAGGUCAAACCAGUGUUGCUCAAUUCCAAACUUCCAGUGGAUGUACUGGGAAGGGUAUGGGAACUGAGUGACCUAGACAGAGAUGGUAUGCUCGACCGAGAUGAGUUUGCUGUGGUCAUGUACCUGGUCUAUAGAGCUCUGGAGGGGGAGCCAAUACCCAUGUCUCUGCCUGCUACCCUUGUGCCACCCUCCAAGAGGAAAAAGCUCCCUGUCUCUGUACCCCCUGUGAUGCCCCUUUUACCCUCGCCCCCCUCCAUCAAAGAGAGACGCUCCUCCCAUUCCGGGUCCAAAACCCUGCCCUCCAAACCAGCAGCGACCCCAGUCACAUGGGCUGUAUCUCCUCCAGACAAAGCCAAAUAUGAUGAGGUUUUUGCAAAUACCGAUCUUGACAUGGAUGGUCUGGUGUCUGGGCCUGAAGUCCGAGAUAUCUUCCUAAAGACUGGCUUGCCCUCCGCCACACUAGCACGCAUCUGGGAGCUCUGUGACAUCGGGGACAUAGGGAAGCUUACCAGGGAACAGUUUGCACUAGCGCUGCAUCUAAUUAACCAAAAACUGACCAAGGGUGUGGACCCACCCCAGAACCUCUGUCCUGAAAUGAUCCCUCCCUCAGACAGACUAAGCUUUGCAGCCAAGCAGAGCAAUGCAGCAAAUCUGGCAGCAGACUUUUCUGCCAUCAAGGAACUGGACUCGCUCAGCAAUGAGAUUGUAGAUCUACAAAAGGAGAAGAGCUCUGUAGAACAGGACAUUAAUGAAAAGGAGGAGCGCAUCAGAGAAAGGACCAGUGAAGUCCAGGAGUUGCAGAAUGAGGUGCAGAAGGAGAGCGGGGUGCUGCAGCGGCUGCAGUCUCAGCGCCAGGAGGUCCAGGAUGCUCUGGAAGAGCUGGACCAGCAGAAAACCACUCUGGAGGAGCAGCUUGGUCACAUCCGCCAGCAGUGCAGCCAUGAGAACCAGCUGAUCUCAUCACUAGAGGUGGAGCACGCGGAGCAGGAGCAGAGGAUAGAGGAGUACGAGGAGCAGCUGGUGCAGGCCAGAGAGGAGCUGCUGCGGCUGCAGGAGGAGACUCAGCAUUUGGAGGAGAAGGUGCAGGCAGCGCGGGAGCAGCUCACCCCCUUGCAGGAGUCUGUCCGAGACUCCUUCUCUCAGGUCUCUCAGGUGGAGCAAAAGCUGAGUGAUCUACAGUUGGAGGAGAGGACAGUCACAUCCCAGCUCAGCUGGAAGAAGGCCCUAGAGGAGGAUCCAGUGCUGGUGAAUGGUUCAGCGGAUGAGCAGCAUCAGGAGGACCAGGCAGAGGAGCUGAGAGUGGAGCCUCCAGCCAUCCAGCCACAGAUGGGGCCGGCUGAACCGAGAGAAGAACAGAUAGAAGUAGUGAAGGAGGACAGGUCUAAGACCCCAGAGGAACCGGUGCCUAAGUCUGAUGCCUUCGAAGACCUCUAUAACAGCCUGUCUUCCACUACCUGGCCAGUACUACAGGACAAACCUGUGAAGGAGCACAUUAGUCCUGUUGCUUUCACUCUCCAGGAGCAGAGAAGUCCUACUUCUGAAGUUGAGCAGGUGGAAUCCCCAGAGCCAGAGGGGAGACCAGAGUCAACUGAGCCUCCGCAGGCUACCCCGCCUGCCCUGCCACCACAGACCACUCCCCCUCCACUCCCUGCCCAGCCUACCAUGUCCCCAACGACCAGCCCCCCUCCGCUCCCUGGCAUGGACUUCUUCCAGUCAGACCCCUUCAUUGACCAUGAUCCAUUUAAAGAUGAUCCGUUUGGAAAGGCAGAUGUUUCCUAUCCGUUUGGUGGAGACCCGUUUAAGGGCACAGACCCCUUUGCUGCUGACUCCUUCUUCAAGCAGUCUUUGGCUGCCCCCUUCCCUUCUGCUGACUCCUUCACCCUCGCUGACCCCUUCAGUGGCAGUGCCAGCCUAGCAGAGCCCAAUCUGUUUGCCGCUCCGCUCAACAAUGCUGCCGGAAUGGACCCCUUCAGUGCCAAACCCCAAAACAAGGCAGCCAGGGACCCAUUCAGUGCCAAGGUCAACAAUGUGGAUGCAGAUCAGUUUGGAUCCAAAAUCGACUCCCUGGCAGAGCCAGAUCCGUUUGUCUCGCAGGGCACAGCAGGCCCAGAUCCCUUCAGCUGCUCCCAGCCAGGCUCUGAGCUCCCCACCAAGGAUCUCACUGCAGCAACUAAUGACCCUUUUGCACCUGGAGGCACUGCAGUAAAUACUGGCUCUGACCCAGAUCCAUUUGCUGCCGUCUUUGGCAAUGAGUCAUUUGGACUUGGAUUUGCAGACUUCAGCGCACUGGCCAAGUCGAACAGUUGUGACCCCUUCGCCUCAUCGAACCCGUCCAACAACAAGAACCUGUUUAAGGAGGACAGCCAGCCCAGCAGCCCAGAUGUUCCGCCAGCUUUGCCCCCCAAGACGGGAACGCCCACUAGACCUCCCCCUCCACCCCCAGGUAAGAGGUCCUCCAUCUCCAGAUCAGAGUCGUCGGAGUCUUUCCACAGACGGGGACCAUUUCUGCCCCAGGGCUCAGGAGAUCCCCCUUUCUCCCAACCUGCCAAGGACACUGCCCAGGACCCCUUCGCCCCAUCCUCACCCCGCCAGCCCGCACGGGACCUUGACCGAUUUGCCAGCUUUGACAAACAGCAGUACCCUACCGAGGAGGACAUGAUUGAGUGGGCGACGAGGGAGAGUGAGCGGGAGGAGAAGGUGCGCUUGGCCAGACAGGCACAACAGGAACAAGAGGAUCUGGAGCUGGCCAUUGCCCUGAGCAAGUCAGAGUUCUCCUGAAAGACUCUGGUUACCCCUUGUGACCCAGCACGCACCAAAGGAAGGAAGGAGUGAGGGAUGGGGAAAACUGAACUAAUGGGCCUACUAUUCGGUCCCAAUGAAGAUAUUUGAGUAUUUGCUCCUCGCUCCUACCAACCCCCACAAUUCCACCAACUGUCUUUUGUUUCGCUCACAAUUGGCAUUUUCAGAGUUUGUCUAUGUAAUAACAAAUCCUCGUGUUUGGCUGAGUAGUAGGUAUAGAGAUGAUUGGCUGUUAGACUUCAGUAGUCCUCCUGAUACAAUCUCCAUGUCUAUACUGUAUGUGUAGCUGUAAUGUCCCCUCAUUUCAACUACACAGACCACAUUGCUAAUAACCAACUGCAAAAGUUCAGUCCCCAUCUGUAUUGCUCUUGCCUACUCCAGACCAGAUGGUAUUGAGCUCUUUAAAAAAAUAUAUUGUCUUGAUAUGAUUAACUCUAACUAGAUAGGAAAAGAGUAAUGCUCAUCUAAUUCAUCUGGGUGAAAACCAAUGUCAAAUUAGAAUCCAUAUGUGAUUAAGGUUUGCCUGGGGCAAGUGACCUGAGUAGUCGUGCAAGUUGACUGCUCUAUGGUUGCCCCAUUGAUGACAACCCCAAUGCAAAGAAUUCCAGUAGUCUGGUCUUUCUGGUUCCUACUUUACAUUUUGAUCAUAAUCUUUGUGCAAACCGGAAAAUACUCCUGACUUGCCCAAUGGGUGCCUUUUCAGACCUUAAUGUCAAUCUCUGUCAUUCAUCUGGCUAUACACCAGACAUCUACAGUACAGAGUGAAUUGGAUUUCAUGGCUGGGGUGAGAUCUUGCUUGUGUAAAAAAACAAUGUUCUUAGAUGACCUGACGUCAAGGUCUACCAAAUUAAAUGAAUUAGUGUUUUAUGAGUAGAGUAGCAGAAGUCAAAUGAUCCAGAGGGUUGAAAUGGCUAAGAGGACCUCUGUCUUCGGAUAAACACUAAUGUGUGAAUGACUGUGUGCAUUAGGCAAUUGUGAUGGUCAGACUACUUCGACUACAGUUACCGUGAUUGAAUUAGUGCAUAUAAGUCUAAUGACACUACUUACUACUAGUUGUUAACCUUUUUGCUCAACUCUCUUCAAUGUACCCUUUAUUAAUAUUUAUGUGCCAAGCACCAGGCAGUGAACAAGACUCACAUGGUUGUACAGGUGCUAAAAAGAACUAAACCAGUAAAACCACUUAUGUCCAAACCUGUGCAUGUAGCCCCAAAUGUAGGCCACUUUUUAAUGAUCUUGAUAUAUAAUCUGCCCCUCCCAACACUACGCACCAAUACAGUCAAAAGACGAAGAACAUGACUAAACUAUUUUAUUUUGUGGUUCAUGAAGUAAUGUUGUGUUAAAUAUCAGAUGUCAAGAUUUUGGAAAGUAGGUCGGUUGUACAGGAAUAUUAUUGAAAUGUAUUUUAAGUUGAAAGAUAUAAUGAUUGAGUUGUUAGCUAGAAACUUGGAUACAUGUGUGAAAAUACUUCCUACUAGAAUAGCUGGUUUUGCCAUCUUCUGUAAUGUCUGAUUCCAAAUGUCACUAUAAUCUACAACAUAUGACACCUUGUCUCAUCUCUUUAGAGAUGCAAUAGUUUAGUCAUGUAUUCUGGAUAAAGGAGGUUUUCCUGUACUCUUGCUCAGAAAUACUCCUGGCCCCACUAUGGGAAAUUCUCCCUUGUUUUAUAUACACUGCAUUUUCAACACGUCUAGUAAUAGGUGAAUACAGCCGUCAGUAGGGGGUUCCGUUGUAAAGCGAAUGGCUGUCGCUGCUCAUGUUAGUGUUGUAAAGCUACGCAUCUUUUUUUGUGUGUGUGUUUCACUGAAGUGAUUCCACAGUGUUUGACUGCAUUUCAAAGUCUUAACUGACUGAGGAAAGUAUCCUUUGCCUAUUUGUACAAAGGCUAUUCUUCUGUCUGAACUUCAGUCACUUGGGGGGGGGGGGGUUACUUACAAAGCCCUGUUGUGUUGGCAAGGAGAGGCCGAAUUGGGGGUGAAAUUAAAUUAAGGCAUGUUAACAUCUCAAAGCAUACCAUUAAAUGUUUUUUUUUGUUUGGUUAUUUGUUUUCAGAUGAAAUGAGACAGUCACUAAUCAAGAGGGCUAUACUGUGAACGUACACUGUUGACAACGGAAAGACAAGGCGCUGGAGUGAUAUGGGCUGACUGUUAUCUGACCAAUGCACUUCUCCUGCUUUUCAUCCAGGUUGUUUGAGUUCAUCAGUAGAGAGCAUUCUGUAAAUGAGCUUUGUGGUCAGUUAUGACUUUCUAGUGUUUUUCAUUCAAUACAUGGUUCUGUUUGUAAAUACAAUGGAGUUGUCCAUUCUCCUGAGACAACGGUUUCUUUUAUACCCUCAUCUAGUAUUUAAAGGCUAUCAAAUACUAUUGAUAAUUUGUAUAGAUUUCUCUAUUUUCAAAUUACAAACCACUUUUCUUUCUAGGCCGUCUACGUAUAGGCUUUUAAAAACGGGCUAAUUGUAGGCCUAUUUUAGUUAAAUUUAAACAUGUCAGUAUUGGGAGUUAUGGUCAGAAUAUGGUAUGUGCAACAUUUUAAUUGAAAACAGAAUAAUAAAUAUAAACGUCUCGAACAAC